CCGCCAUUUUUAUUUUGAAUCUUUAAAAACGUUGAAGUGAAGAAAAUGCCUAAAAACAGUAGAAAGACUUCCAAGCGAACAUCCCAAGGACGUAGGCUGGAUGAGUCGUGUUCUGAUGAAGAGAUGGAAGUGAGUCAGGUCCAAGCUACCCAGUCAGAAGCUACACAGUCCAACACACAAGCAGAGAAAGCUACCAGGGAGCUUGAUAAAGAUACACGAAAGAGGAAAGUCAAUGACCUUGUAAGAUAUAUGUUGGUAGCUGAUGGCAAAAAGAUACCAAUCAAAAGAACAGACCUAACCAAAGAAUUGCUGAAAGAUCAUGCCAAGGCAUUUCCUGUUCUUUUUGAUCAGGCCAAGAAGCAACUAAAAAAUAUAUUUGGCAUUGAUGUGGUAGAGGUAGAGGGAAAGAAAAGUUACAUGCUUAUCAACACGUUUAACUGUAAAUCCAAUGAGGAUCCUUAUCUCAAAUGGUCAGAUGAGGAGAAUGCAAAGAAUGGCCUGUUGACUGUCAUACUGAGUCUCAUUUUCAUGAAUGGCAAUAUUCUGGAAGAUGCGGAGCUAUGGAGGAGCUUAAAGAAAGUUGGAGUUGAUGUCGAUCGAAAUCAUGAGGUUUUUGGUGAUGUAAAGAAGCUUGUGACCCAAGAUUUUGUCCGUCAGAAUUACCUGGAGAUGACCCGAAGGCAACCAGAGCCACCUAUAUUCGACUUUGAGUGGGGGCCAAGGGCAUUUGCAGAGAUCUCAAAGAGGUCCAUACUUCAACUUGUGUGCAAAAUAUAUGAUCAGGAGGACACAGAUAACAGUGACUCGAAUCUCAAGAUGUGGAAAUCUCAAUAUAGGGACAUGGAGGAGUCAGAGGGAGCUGGGGAACAAGCAGAUUGAGACCUCACAUCACACAGAAUGCUUAAACAUGCCAGCCUAGUCAAGCACACAAUUCCUACAAGAAAACAUUGGUGUUGCCUUGCCAUUGAGACUGAAUGUCUUGUCGAAGAACAUCAUGUCCUUCUAUAAGUAGACUCUAGACAUGUUAUGAAGAAAAGGACAAUAUUUUAUGCAUGCAAGUGAAACUGACACUAUGAAUAGAAAAGGUUGUGAAUUUUAAUUCGAAAAUAUGCAAUACAAAAAUAUCCAAUACUAAUUAGGAGAGAUAGCGCCCUAUUAUUCAAUACUUAGAUAAUUCUUUAAUUGCCUUCUUUGGAUUAUAUAAGCUUGACCAGUUUCAGUUCACAUGAGUCAACACAUAGUGCUAGUCAUUGUACAUACGAAAAAGCAAUAUUAUUAAACAUUGGAAAUUUUUAGUGUGAGUGACUUGAACCAGGUUGUUCUAACAACAACACUUCAUUUUGGUUAUAACAUGUCCAUAUGU